AAAAAAAAUUGGGGGGCUCAGGACAAAGGAAGCGGGAGCUGAGCAGCCUGCCUGGCCGGGGCCACGCUGCAAGAGGGGCAGCAUCCUUGCCGGAGACCCCUAGUUAUGAGCCAUCCCUCUGCACCCAGAUCUUGACGCAGAAGAGACCCAGCGGAGAACGGGGAGCACGCCGUUGACUCACAGCCAUGGAGGGCGGCAUGCAGCUUCUCAACCGGGAUGGCCACAGCAUCUCCCACAACUCCAAGCGGCACUACCACGACGCCUUCGUGUGCAUGAACCGCAUGCGGCAGCGGGGCCUGCUCUGCGACAUCGUGCUGCAUGUGGGCACCAAGGAGAUCAAGGCCCACAAGGUUGUGCUGGCAUCCUGCAGCCCCUACUUCCACGCCAUGUUUACAAAUGAGAUGAGUGAAAGCCGCCAGACCCACGUGACUCUGCACGACAUUGACCCCCAGGCCCUGGAGCAGCUGGUGCAGUAUGCCUACACAGCAGAGAUCGUGGUGGGCGAAGGGAACGUGCAGACGCUCCUGCCCGCAGCCAGCCUCCUGCAGCUCAACGGGGUGCGGGAUGCAUGUUGCAAGUUCCUCCAGCUGAACUCCUCCAACGGCCUGGGCAUCCGGGGCUUUGCCGACACACACUCCUGCAGCGAUUUGCUCAAAUCAGCCCACAAGUACGUCCUCCAGCACUUUGUGGAGGUGUCCAAGACGGAGGAGUUCAUGCUGCUGCCACUCAAGCAGGUGCUGGACCUUGUUUCUAGCGACAGCCUCAACGUGCCCUCAGAGGAAGAAGUGUACCGGGCUGUGCUCAGCUGGGUCAAACAUGAUGUGGACAGCAGGAGGCAGCACGUUCCCAGGCUCAUGAAGUGUGUCCGGUUGCCCUUGCUGAGCCGCGACUUCCUGAUGAGCAAUGUGGACACGGAGCUCCUGGUCCGGCACCAUUCGGAGUGCAAGGACCUGUUGAUCGAGGCCCUUAAGUACCACCUCAUGCCGGAGCAGAGGGGGGUCCUCGGCAACAGCAGGACCAGGCCCCGGCGGUGCGAGGGGGCCAGCACAGUGCUCUUUGCUGUUGGUGGGGGGAGCCUUUUCGCCAUCCACGGAGACUGCGAGGCCUAUGACACGCGGACGGACCGGUGGCACAUGGUGGCCUCCAUGUCCACCCGGAGGGCCAGGGUGGGCGUCGCUGCCAUCGGAAACAAGCUGUACGCCGUGGGCGGCUAUGAUGGGACCUCGGACUUGGCCACCGUGGAGUCAUAUGACCCAGUGACCAACUCCUGGCAGCCGGAGGUGUCCAUGGGCACCCGGCGGAGCUGCCUGGGUGUGGCAGCACUCCACGGGCUCCUGUACGCCGCAGGGGGUUACGACGGAGCCUCCUGUCUGAACAGCGCAGAGAGGUACGAUCCCCUGACGGGCACCUGGACAUCAAUUGCUGCCAUGAGCACAAGGAGGAGAUAUGUUCGGGUGGCGACAUUAGAUGGCAAUCUCUACGCUGUCGGGGGCUACGACAGCUCGGCCCACUUGGCAACGGUGGAAAAGUACGAGCCUCAGAUCAACACAUGGACCCCGAUCGCCAACAUGUUGAGUCGCCGGAGCAGCGCGGGUGUGGCUGUGCUUGAGGGGAUGCUCUAUGUGGCCGGCGGCAAUGACGGGACCAGCUGCCUUAACUCGGUGGAGCGCUACAACCCGAAGACCAACACCUGGGAGAGCGUGGCGCCCAUGAACAUCCGGAGAAGCACCCACGACCUGGUGGCCAUGGACGGGUGGCUCUACGCGGUGGGGGGGAAUGACGGCAGCUCCAGCCUCAACUCCAUCGAGAAGUACAACCCCCGCACCAACAAGUGGGUGGCAGCUUCGUGCAUGUUCACGCGCCGCAGCAGCGUGGGUGUGGCGGUGCUGGAACUGCUCAACUUCCCGCCUCCCUCCUCGCCGACGCUCUCCGUGUCCUCGACGAGCCUUUGACAAAGAGUCCGGUCGGACCUUACCUCAAGGGGCCUGGAGCGCCUGGCGGAGCGCCAGGCCAGCCUGGCCUGACCCAUGCAGCAGUCAGUCCCUGUAGAAGGGAGCCAGGGCGCCGGCUGCUGCCUCCCACCCCAGCCAUUCCCUGAGCCCCUCAGGGACUCUCCCUCUCUUGGUGCACGCCCAGGGGGCUCAGAGGAAGGUGAGAACUGCACUUCCCAAGCGAGGCUCCUCUCUCCCCGUGUCUGUGGGCGGGGAAGGGGGAUGCCCUCGGCUCCGUCCACACCCCUGCUCCACCGCUCCACCGAUCCUUCUCCUUUUGUUUCCUUUAUGGGCUGGCCCAGCCCCUUGAAACCAUUGCUGCUUUUAGGGCUUCACGUGACCCGAUGUGCUGCACGCUGGCACAGCCAUGCUGGGGAGGAGCCAGGAACGCUUGAGGCCGGGGGGACGCGGGGCACCGCUGACGCACACGGCACUCCCCCGGGAAACAGCAGGAUGUCCCCCCGCGCCUCUGAAUGCCACCUUAGCCACACACUCCUCAACCAAGCCCGUAGCGCACUGUUACAGACUCGGAGACCACCGUACGUCUCGCAAUGGUGUCUAAUCGAUGCCUUAAAAAACCCCAGCUGGGGUGACAGGGCGGGGAGGAAGCGAGGUCUGGGCAGCGCAUCCUGAACCCCUCUGCGUUUCUACCCUUUGCUGACCCCUGCCCCACACACUAGAUCCCAGGGUGCCCAUGCUGAGAUGCCUCAGCCAGCUGGAUGGAUGGAAGAAGUUCAACACCAUUGGAGCCGAGACACCCCACGGUGACUACAGACCAUCCUUAGCCUCUUGGUUGGGAACAGCCCCAUCCAUGUGCUAUUUCCCGGUCUGCCAAGAAGGUCCCAGAAUUGCAGCAGGACUUGGUUACUUAACAAUAACACUGUGGCCCUGGACGGCAGGGCAGGGCUGGGGGGAGCGGGGUGCUGCACGGCACUAUUUAUUUCAUGUUUGCCUUUUUAUUUGGAUGCUAAUCUUUUGAUUUUAAUUAUCCAUUCGUUUAUUUUUUUUAAAGCGAUUCUGGUGUUCUCUGCCCCAGCCGCGUCUCCGCCAUUGGAGGCACCAGGGGAUGUGGGGAGUAAACCAGAAGGGCAUUUUCUUUAAUUGUCAAUGAGACAAUGAUCAUGGCUUGGAAGGAACUCUCUUUAGAGGUGUGUGCGCGUGCAUGUGUGUGGGGCUACGUGUUCAGUGAAACCAGCAUGGACGGGACCACUUGCCAGUAGCAACUCCCUGGAGUCUUAAGCUACCACUUUAGUUAACUAAAAGUUGAACCAAUCUACACUGUAAACCACAGGUUGGUCCUCGUGGACUCACCUGUACCAGGGAACCUCGCGGGUGGUGGCUUAAGAUCUGCUUUCACUGCAUGGGCUGUAAUUCGAGUGUGCACCUGUGCGCAUGUGUGAUUUGCCCUGAGACAAAUUUAUCAGGUGUUCUCCACGGUAUCGAGGAACGGCUCAACCACUGGUACCUCAGCAGCACCGGACGGCUGCUCUGUGAUUAUGGCGUAGCUAAAGACUGUUUCAUUCUCCGUUUCUUUUUCUUUCCUCACCUGAAUCCCUUCUUCCCCACAUUGUUUUAACUUAUGGCAAUACUUACUAGCCUGGAUUUUCAGAAGGGACUAGGCAUUUCUUUGCUUUUGGAGUUUUUAAUUUGAGACAAUUUUUAAAGGGGCAUGCUUUCUCAUGGGGAGCGCAUUCGGUAUGUGAUACAAGCUCAUUGAUGGUGCCUGAAGUUUGGCACCUCAAAUCACUAGCUGCUUUGUAAAACUGAGACCACUGUCCCAAAAAUGUGGCCUAGGCUGCUUGGCCUGAAGGAGAUUUUAGGCUUUUAAACUGCAUUUUGAAGAUCUCUGUUUUUCAGUUCCCUUUUUUAAUUUUGCAAGUCUGAAGCCUUCACAUGGACUUUCCCAUUCCUGCAUAUGACACCGUUUUGAUGUCCAAACGCUGAUCACAAGGUGAAGUUACCUCUCUCUUAAUGCGGCAAUAGUGUUGACUCAUUACACAGUCAGCAUUUUGGGUUAAGUCGGUCACCCUGUCUUGUCCAAAAUUGUGGUAGUAUCUUCUGUUUCCUCCCCACUUCUCUAAGGGGGACAUGAGUGUGUGUGCAUGUGUGUGUGCAUGUAUGCGAGAGAGUACUAGAGAGAUAUUAUCUUGCUCCCUUUCCCGCUCUUUUUCUCGCCGUACCCAUGAGCCACAUCAGGAUCCCAGGUUUCAAGCCAAUUCGUGACAACCUGCACCUCUGCCUCUAGGAUCCUCUUUAGAGGAGGCACAGGAGAAUCCUAGAGGACCCCCCAAAGCACCUGCCUUAAAGCUUUCUGGGCAUUUUGGAGGCUAAAGGUGCCAGCUGCUGUGGCUUGGGAGAAGUCCUGGGAUUUCAACUGUGUCCUAUGGGUAAGGCAGAGAAAGUGAGGGCCCUGCAGGCCAGCUUCUCCUACCUGCCCUCCUCCCAACAUAGGAGUGGGCUGGCAUGAGGGGAAGAACCAUGGAGGGUACAGGAAGGAGUUGCUGAGGGUGGGCAAAGGCCUUAGUUAAAACAUAGGAUGUUUGGGGUUUACAGCCACAGCUCAACCCCCUGAAGAUGAUGCCAGUGUUACUGUAGCAUGAAGGGCACUGCUGGCAAAUACUGUAUUUAUUUUAAUGGGGAGGUGAGGGGAUACACUGGCAGGGAAGCCAUGGGGUGUCCUGUCCAGCCAAGGAAGGUGCUGUAGCUCUACCCCAAGUGCAGUGUGGAGCAUCACAAGCAGUAUGAAUCCCUGGCAGGGGUGUCAGCAAUUCUCCAACCAUUGGGAGAGUGACUUUUAUCAGUCACACAAUCAUUUUUUAGCCUACAGGAUGGGGAGGAUUUCUGCCAGUCAGGUCCCGAGCAAGAGUGCCCACUAGCCUGAGAUAAUUUGAGCCUCUUUUGUGAAGGAAAAGAAAAGAACAUUUUACUGGGGGGAUUUAUUAACUAUGCAGCCACUAACUGCUUUGCUAUACUGGAACGGAGGGGGAAUAGGGGGGAUGCAGGGACUGCCUUAGCACUGCUGAAGUCCACAGAGCUAAGAGAUUUCAACCCCGGGGAUCCCAUUCAUACAAAGUGGAGGGGUUGGUCUCUGUGGUGCGGGGAUGCCACAGAUGCCAGGCAAAUGCCAGCCCCCUAGGCAGAAGUGGUGGCCUUGGUAUGUGUGUGUGUGCAUGUGUGUGUGUGUGUAUGGGAAGGGGAGCUGUCCACUCUUUGUCACUUCUUUACCAGUAUUAAUUGGUCUCUCACACCAAGCGUCACUCAUACGCGACUGAGAGACGUUCCUAAACCGCCAGCUCCGUCCUGCGUGGCUGCCAGGUCUGCUGCCAUGUUCCCCCCAGGGAGCUUGUCACCGUGUCAGAGUUUGUAGCAAGCUGGCCCCGUCCCGUCCUGGCAGAGCGAUUCACGUGGCCGGGCGGACGGGCAGACCCCGGUUCAUCCCCCGUCAAAAUGUCGUCGUUUUUAUUUAUAUGUAAGUUAUCUCGACUUAUUUAUGUGGAGCUCUGUGUUUGUUUGUUUUCUGAAUUUUGCACUACUCUCGGGAAUGGGGGGAUACAAGCAAUACAAGCCAAUGUGUAAAAUAAAGACGUUUUCUUGAA